CAGAAAGAAAGGGGGAAAAAUCCAGAUGAGACUCGAGAAGGAGGAGGCUAGUCGGCCGGCCGGAAUCAGCCAUGGCGGCGCUGCAAUACCUGGACUCGCUUCGCAAUGCCCACCCCGAACUCUCCGAUUGGUACACUAACCUCUCGGAUCUGUACCAGAGAAAGCUCUGGCACCAGCUCACUCUCAAGCUGGAGGAAUUCGUUUCUCUGUCCGUCUUUCAGGCUGGAGAUGCACUGAUACAGUUUUAUCAUAAUUUCAUCACUGACUUCGAGACAAAGAUCAAUCUUCUCAAAUUGGCACAUUUCUGUGUCAUUGUUUCUCGUCAGUACCCAGAGAAAGAAGCUGCUAUUAGUUAUCUUGAAGGUGUGAUCGAGAAACUGCGUAGUGCUAAAGAAAUGCGCAUAGAGGAACCCAUCGUUUAUAUUAAGAUGCAAAUUGCAUUGCUUAAGCUCGAACAAGGGGAUCAAAAAGCAUGCAAGAAUCUUUUGGAAGAGGGAAACAGUACACUUGAUAGCAUGACUGAUAUUGAUCCAUCUGUGCAUGCAAGCUAUUAUUGGGUUUCUUCUCAGUAUCAUAAGUUUCGGCAAGAAUUCGCAGAGUUCUAUAAGAGUGCUCUCCUCUAUCUUGCUUAUACUUCAGUGGAGUCUCUAUCUGACGCAUUUAAGUUGGAUUUGGCAUUUGACCUGUCACUAUCAGCAUUGCUUGGAGAUAAUAUAUACAACUUCGGAGAGUUACUUGCACAUCCCAUUAUCAAGAGUCUCUUGGGGACAAAGGUAGAGUGGCUCUACCAUAUUCUUGAAGCAUUCAAUGCUGGAGAUUUGAUUCGCUAUCAGUCAUUGUGCAACGUCCAUCAAGGUGCAUUAAAUUCUCAACCAGCACUGGUGCAAAAUGAGAAAAAGCUCUUGGAAAAAAUCAACAUUCUAUGUUUGAUGGAAAUCAUCUUCAGUCGCCCGUCUGAGGAUAGAACCAUCCCGCUGAGUAUCAUUGCAGAGCGCACAAGAUUAACAGUUGAAGAUGUGGAGUACCUCCUUAUGAAGAGCCUUUCUGUGCAUCUGAUAGAGGGAAUAAUUGACCAAGUGGAGGGAAGCGUUUAUGUUUCUUGGGUGCAACCAAGGGUUCUGGGCAUUCCCCAAAUCAAGUCUUUGCGCGAUCGUCUCGACAGCUGGGUUGACAAAGUACACUCUGCCCUGUUGUCUGUGGAGGCUGAAACGCCUGACCUUGUUGCAGCCUGAUACCGUCCCUCUCUCGUCUUCUCUUCUGUGUUUCUUUCUCCCUUUCUUGGAUUUUCCCUUUGCAGUAAUGAGUGAGUCUAAGUUAAGUGUCUUAACCGGGACGAAAAGUAAAGAUGCGAUUUGGCCUCUUUUCAUCGUAUUGUAAAUGGCUGCAAACUUCUUCUUCUGCAUCCAUUAAAAUUUAUUACUGUAAACUCAGCUGCACCACUUUUUAACUCAUUCCAUACUUGCAUGAAUUCAACUUUGAUGUUUCCUUUCGUAUUAGGUUUUUGUUAUGAAUAGUAUCUUCGAGUAAUUUUUAUGAAGAACUCCGAUUGGUUAAACAAAAUGCUUUCUUUUUU